UCCACUGUUUACAGGAGCUCCUGAGCUUGCACUAUAAAGCCAGGCUGAGGUCAACUCUCGCAAACUGCUUCCUUAACACGUCAAGAAGAGAAGAGCUCUUUCUAAAACAUAUACCAGCCUAAACCUCACACAGAAAGUGCUGCUAGUAUUUCUACCGACAAAAUGGCAGCAGUCCCGUCAGCUGGAUGCCUGCUCGCAAAAAAUCACUUCUACCGAACGCGACUCAACUCUGCCUCCAGCAGUUCCUCUUCAAGCUCCUUUCAAUCUUGCUGUGAUCUUGCCGGAGAUCAGGAGAAGAUGCCCGUCUCACACGGCAUACAAGUACCAUUUGAUAAAUGCUGGUGGAUGAAGAAGUUCUUCACAUGUGAAGUGGUUUCCCUUCCUGUAACAGAACCAACCACCAUGAACAGUGCUAGCAGUUAAUAUUUGAGGACCUGGGAAGGACUUGGACCCGUCGGGAAACCUGUAAAGUGAGACCACUUGCUGAGUGGACACCACAUGUCCUUGACUCCUACAUCUCCUUCCUGGAAAACUGCAGCAGAGGGGAAGACAGGGAUUAAGUCUAAAAUGAUUUCUGGGGUUAGGACACUUCUGCGCAGAGCUUCAGUUGUACAGGGUGGCCUUUCACCUAGAUUCAAGAAGGUACUGUCUCUGCAGUCAGGGAAUCUCUUUGAAACGUUUGAUAAACAUAACACACAAUGGGCCAAAGUAAAUUUUUAGGUAUAGAAGGCAAAAUGCAUAUGAUUAUUUGUUACUAUCAGUUAAGACUGGAAGCUGAAGAAAACAAUGUAUAGAAAAGGUAUCCAUAAAAGAUGGAAUGAGGUGAAGGAGCUCUUGUUAAUUAAAACAGCUUGACUCUAACUGAAGACCACAAGACUCUUCAGCUACCAGUUAGAUAAAUUUGCUAAUGGUGGUUAAACCUGAGCAUUCAUAUUCGUCUGUGGAUACAGUUACAGCAAGUUUUCUUUACCAGUGGUUUAAAAACAGAAACCUCCAGUAAGGUCUAGCCAUUGCUGUUCUCAACAGCGGUCAAAUGAACAAUUUAAAGAAAGAUUUAAUGUAAGUUAGAUAUAUUGUAUGCUAACCAGUAAUUCAAAUAAUAAAUGUUGUCUUUUGUAUUUAUUAUUUUGCACAUUUUGUACUGAGAAAAUAAAUACAUUUUUAAAUGUC